GAAUUAAUUAACCCAAGGGGUAUAAGUAUAUAUUUACCUCUUUAAUGAAACCUAUUUUUGUGACUUUGAACCUUGAGUGCUACUUUGGGAACAUAAACUUGGUUUGGUGCUAUCCUAGUCUUUUUUUCUUUAAAAACUUUCUAAUGUAUAUAUAACUGAUUGGUAAUUAAAAAACAAAACAAAAAGGGAAAUGUAAGCAAGAAAAAAGGGAAAGGAAUUAAAGCAUGAAUUUGGUAGAGGUGGCGAAAGGAUCAUGACCCCGGUAAGGCGGUAAUAUUUGUUGAUGUGUUUAUGUUUGUUAGAAAUGAAAUAGAGUGGAUAUUUGAGAAGAAACUUAUCGCCGUACAAAAAACUACAGGUAGUUAACUACUCAAUCCUCUAUAAAGCCCUCAUUAUAUUUUCUGACCACAAGUCCAAUAACAAAUACAAACAGAAGCAAAGAGAGAAUGGAGUACAAUAAGCAAAGAACUAUGUUAAUUGCAGUGUUGCUUAUAAUAAUGUGGAGCUGUUGUUACAGCCACGCCCAGCUGAGCAGUGACUUCUACAAGGAGAGCUGUCCCUCGUUGUUCUAUGCGGUGAGACGCGAGGUGCAGCGGGCGGUGACCAGGGAGCGCCGCAUGGCUGCUUCUCUCCUCCGCUUAUUCUUUCACGACUGUUUUGUCAACGGGUGUGACGGAUCAAUAUUGUUGGACGACACUUCCUCAUCUAUGGGAGAGAAAACGGCAGGCCCAAACAAUAACUCCGUGAGGGGGUUUGACGUUGUUGACAAAAUCAAGUCGAGGGUUGAGAGACUAUGCCCAGGCGUCGUCUCAUGCGCAGACAUUCUCGCUAUCAUUGCUCGUGACUCUGUUCUCCUCUUGGACGGCCCUGGUUGGAGCGUAAAACUUGGAAGAAGAGAUUCCACCACAGCGAGUUUCACGACCGCCAAUUCAGGCGUUAUCCCUCCUCCAACCUCUACUCUCGACAACCUCAUCAACCGUUUUAGAGCACAAGGUUUAUCCUCACGCGACAUGGUGGCCCUCUCUGGUGCACACACUAUUGGACAAGCUAGAUGCGUCACUUUUAGAGACCGUAUCUACAACGAAAGCAACAACAUCGAGCUUUCUUUCGCCUUGUCUAGACAAAGGAGCUGUUCGGCUGCCUCUGGCUCUAGCGACAACAAUGAAGCCACUCUUGAUAUCCACUCUCCUGGAAGGUUUGACCUCAACUACUACAGACAGCUUCUCAACCACAGGGGUCUACUCACUUCUGACCAAGUUCUUUACAGCGGCGGUUCAACUGACUCGCUUGUCGUGUCUUAUAGUCGUAGUCUGAACGCCUUUUACCGCGAUUUUGUAAGGGGUAUGGUUAAGAUGGGCGAUAUCAAACCCCUUACUGGAUCCAGUGGUGAGAUCCGCAACAACUGUCGCAGACCCAAUUGAAUCUUCUAUUACGUGUUUUGUGUUAUCUUAUUUUUACGUGUUUUCUACGUCAACUCCUUAAAUAUGCAUUUUCCAUAUAAGAACAUAAUACAGUAUAAUUGAGAUCAUGAUAAGUUUGUGGCUAUGCAGUUUUCAUUUAUGUUUCCGUCUCCUCUCAGUUGUCAUAUUAGCUCUACAACAUUAUGAAAAAUUGUAUUGCCAUUGCUCAAAAACUCAUUCUGAAAUUUCCAAACAAAAUAUUUCUAUUUUAAUAUAAUUCAAUAAAUGAUUAUUAAUCAAAUUGCUAAAGAAUUUCUUCUUAAUAGAUUUCUCAGUCGAGAAUAUAAGUCUUAAAUCGUUUUAUUUUUUCAUUAUUUUAUUAUUUAAAUAAUUUUUAAGAAUCAUUAUUGGAAGUGCUCUAAAGCUAUUAUCAUUCAAUGAAAUAAAGUUUUAAUGCAACUGUGUAAAUGCUGCUGUUUAGUUAUAAAACGCGAUCAUUAUCCAAUCAUACAUAAUAAUUCGUACCAAAACAAAAAUAUCAUAUAAUCAGAUAGAAAAGUAAUUAAAUAUUGUGUGGUGAAAUGAGAGCCGUAGGAUGAAAAGUAAAAUUGGUGAAUAAGAAGAAGUGCUGAAAAGUCAUAAAUAAGGUGGACCGCCAGUGACGUUUAGCUUCGUUUUCAUCCCUUCUUCUACAUUGUGUUUGCUUGUCUUAAAAAAACAGCAGAAACAAGUAAGGAAGAGAAGAAGACGCUUGUAAGAACUCCAAGGAAGGUAGAGAGAUCUGCACACGUCUUCAUUCGAGAUCUCCGAUUCAUUCCCAUACGAUCCCUCGUCAGCGGUAAUUCUCUUCCUCGGGAGAAUCGUCGAUUCCAUAACUGAGAUCUCACGGCUCUGUUAUAGAGCUUCAGAGUUGUUUGUGUAGAUUACGUUACCGUAUGAUUGAUAAUCCUUUCGUUCUCGCAUUAUCUUAUUCGUAUUCAAUCUGAUCAGCUUUUCCUUUCUUUUUUACUGAUUGUUGUUGCAUAACAGGUUGCUUUGUUUAUUUUGCUUCACAGGUUGCACAAGCUCCUGAGGCCAUGAGCUAGCACCAACUCUGUGCUAGCUUGGAGAAAGUAGUCUUCUCUUUUUUGGAGAUGUGCAUGACAAGAGAGAAUCUAGAUUCACGUCUCGGAAGCCUGCUUCGGUGAUUAUUUCUAAGCUGGAGGAGGUGGCGGAGCGGUUGAAACUGAGCGUAAGGAAGAGGGAAGCGGGGGUUGUUUAAACUGGAACGUGUGAAGGAGGGGAGAAAAGAAGUUGUGUCGAUGGAUGCUGCGGAGAUAUUCCAAGUGACGCCGACGUUUCAUAUGGUGGAAGUGAAGAAAUGUAAUGGAGAUAGUGUGGGUUUGGCAGAGUGACAAAGAUGAGCAGUUAAUGCCUGUUUCACAACAACAGGAAGAAGAAGAAGCAUUGUAGUUUUUGAGAUUUUGUUUUUAAUCAAGUUUUGAGAUUUUGCUAACUCUCUGAUGUUAAUGAGUUUUUUACAUUUAACGUUUGUUAAAAAA